AUGCCAGCCCUGGCCCCCGCCCUGGCUGCGGGGGCGGCCCGGGUUCUGCUGGCGCUGGCCGCGGCUCUCUGCUGGCCGCCGUGCGCCCCGGCGGCCGCGACGCUGAACACCGUGUUGGUGAACUCCAACGCCAUCAAGAACGGGCACUCGGGGCCCGGCGGGGGCGGGGGCGGGGGCGGGGGCGGCAGCAGUGUGGCGCUGGUCCCCUUCUGGGCAGUCAGCGUGGCGCCCGGGGACAGCGUCCUCUUCGACCGACCCAACGGGUACAUGCACGUGGACAACAAACACCAGCAACAUUUUAUGUGUGUGGAUGACAAGGAUUGCGGUCUGGAAGAGUACUGCGACAUCGGCUCCCGGGGCCUUAGCAGCCCAGGCGGCGGCGGGGGCGGCGGCAGCAUCGGGGUGCAAAUCUGCCUACCCUGUCGGAAGCGCCGCAGGCGCUGCCAGCGUACGGUCAUGUGCUGUCCGGGAAAUUACUGCAGCAAUGGGAUAUGUGUGCCUUUGGAUCAGAAUCACUUACAUGCAGUAGAAAUGGAUGAGAUGACCACAGAACCAGUGAAUAAUGACCACAGUCUCUUAGAAGGCCAACCUAGGAGGACCACUCCAUCUGCCAAGACCAAAGGUCAGGAAGGUGCCGUUUGCCUGCGCUCCUCCGACUGCGCCGAUGGUCUCUGCUGUGCUCGACAUUUCUGGUCCAAGAUCUGUAAGCCCGUGCUCAAGGAAGGUCAAGUGUGCACCAAGCACAGAAGAAAAGGCUCUCAUGGAUUGGAGAUUUUCCAGCGCUGUUUCUGCGCGGAUGGCCUGUCCUGCCGCGUGCAGAAAGACCAUUUAACCAACAACGCUUCUAGGCUUCACACCUGCCAGAAACACUGAACCGCCCUUGGGGAUGGCGGCUGCUGAUGGACUCCUGUGUUUGACAUCGAACCUUUUCGGGGAAGGACACUUUCAGUGUUUACAGUUGCACUCUCCAAAUGCUCCUUCCGGAAGCCUGGAGUGCAAAAACGGCUUUGUUUCUGUAGGAAACGAACUCUAUCCAGUGACUGUUUGCAGUAAAUUACUGUGUUGUAAAUAUCCAAUGUGGCAUUUCCCUGUACAUGCUCCCAAACUUUUAAUUAUUUUUCUAAAAGUGCCGCAUGGUCCACAAUUUACCCACAACCUGUAAAUUUUGUACACACUGGUGAUGUUAUCUUGAGUCUG